GUGAGUGCUACGGCCGCUGCCGCCGCCGCUGCUGCUGCUGCUGCUUGUCACUCAUUGUUGCGCGCAAAUCCUGCAAGGAGCAUCAAGCAAAACCCGCUCUGCUGUUUUUUUGGAGGAGACUAUCUGAUUAAAAGAUGCUACAAAUAAGGAACAUCCUCUUGGGAUUGCUGUACAUCAACUGCGCAGCUGCCAUCCAGGUGCAGAUCACUCCACCGCAAGGGCAGAUCAGCGUAGGAGAUUCCAAGUUUUUCCUCUGCGAAGUGGUAGGAGAUGUUAAAGACAUAGACUGGUACACGCCCAGCGGGGAGAAGAUCCUUCCGAACAACCCCAACAUCCACGUCAACCGCAAUGACGAGACCAGCUCGGCCCUUAUCAUCUAUCACGCCGACGUGGACGACGCUGGUAUCUACAUGUGCGUGGCCAAGAACGGCGACAAGGAGGCACAGGCCACGGUCCAAGUUAAGAUCUUCCAAAAGAUCACCUUCAAGAACGUUCCCAGCCCGCAGGAGUUCAAUGAGGGCGAUGAUGCUGACAUUGUCUGUGACGUGAUUGGAUCACCGCCGCCUUUCAUCCUAUGGAAGCAUAAGGGCGCCAUCAUCAAGGCAGAAAAAGACGUCCGAUUUCGGCACAUGGAGAACGGCCAUCUUCAGAUCCGUGGCAUCAAGAAGGCCGACGAAGGCACGUACAUCUGUGAGGCUCGCGUCAUGCAAACGGGAGAGCUGUCCUUCAAGAUGAUCGAGGUGGUCGUUAACGUGCUCCCCACCAUUCGUGCCAGGCAGGCCGAGGUCAACGCCACCGCAGACAUUGGUAGCCCCGCCCUCUUGGCCUGUGACGCAGACGGCUUCCCCGAACCCAUCGUCACAUGGACCUAUAACAACGUUGUCCUUCAGUCGGGUGAUAAGUACAGCCUGAACGAGGACGGCUCCGAGCUGCUGAUAAGAGACGUGGUCAAAGUGGAUGAAGGAGAUUACACCUGCAUCGCCAGGAACAAAGCAGGGGAGAAGAGCCUGGAAGUCAGUCUCAACGUCUUCGUUCAAGCUAAGAUUACCUACCUGAGCAACCAGACGGCGUCCGAGUUUGACGACGAAGUCACGCUGACCUGCGAGGCCUCAGGUGACCCCACGCCCUCCAUCUCCUGGAGCUUUGAGAACAGGAUGUUCACUGAAGGAGAGCAGGAUUCGUGGACGCGACCAGACAAAUAUGAGAGCCAUGACAGAAACAUCGUGGUCCGCAGCCACGCCAGGGUUUCCUCCCUCCUAUUGAAGAACGUUCAGUUCACAUAUGCAGGACAGUACCUGUGCACCGCCAGCAACUCCAUCGGUCAGGACAACCAGCCCGUAUACCUGGAGGUCCGCUAUGCUCCAAAGAUUCUGGGCUCGGUGACAACGUACACGUGGGAAGGGAACCCGGCCAACAUCAGCUGUGUGGUGGAAGCCCACCCGGAGGCUUCCAUGACUUGGUUCCGUGAUGGCCUUCAGCUGCCCACCACCAACACCACCAACGUGAAGAUCUACAACACACCAAGCGUCAGCUACCUGGAGGUUUCUCCUGAAUCUCAGAGUGACUUUGGAAGCUACAACUGCACGGCAACCAAUGUGAUGGGUACUGAGUACAAGGAGUUCCUCCUCAUCCAAGCAGAGGUGCCGUCCUCGCCGGAGAUCCAGCAGGUGGAGCCUUUCUCCAGCUCGGCCGUGGUGGAGUUUGACGAGCCAGACUCCUUCGGCGGAGUGCCCCUCAUCAAGUACCGCCUCGUGUGGCGCAAGCAGUGGCACCAGGACUGGACUACCAUGGAGUACAGUGCCACGGAGGACAUGACCCGGAUCACCAUUGCGGGCCUGAAGCCAGAGACCACCUAUGAGAUCAAGAUGUCCGCCAUCAAUGGCAAAGGCGAAGGCGAGAGCAGCCCGACCAGCACGUUCAAGACCAAGCCAGUCCGCUUUUCUUUCACACGAGAACCUACCGCCCCGAAACUGGAGGCCAUGAUCCAAAACCAGGGUAAUUCUCUGAAGGUCAAUUGGAUCAAGCAGGACGAUGGCGGCUCCCCGAUUAAGCACUACCUGGUCCGAUACAAGGCUAAGCACGUGUCGGACUGGAAGCCAGAGAUCCGCGUGCCGCAUGGUAGUGAGUACGUGGUGCUGAGCGGACUGGACUGGAACACUGAGUACGAGGUCCGCGUGGUGGCCGAGAACCAGCAGGGCAAGUCCGAGCCCGGCGUCAUCGCCUUUAGAACAGCUACAGAGCCCACCACCAUGCCAGGCGCGUCGGGCGGCGGCUCAGGCCUGAGCACGGGCGCCAUCGUGGGCAUCCUCAUGGUGGUCUUCUUCCUGCUCCUGGUGGGCGUGGACGUCACAUGCUUCUUCCUCAACAAGUGCGGACUCCUCAUGUGCAUCGCCGUCAACUUCUGCGGGAAAGCCGGGCCGGGUGCCAAGGGCAAGGACAUCGAGGAGGGCAAGGCCGCCUUCACGAAAGAUGAGUCCAAGGAGCCCAUUGUGGAGGUGAGAACAGAAGAGGACCAAACCAAGAACCAGGAAGGCGUUGGAGCCACCGAGCCCAAUGAGACCACGCCUCUGACAGAACCUGAGCCUGCCACCGCCACAGAUGUAACCCGGCCCCCCUCCAGUGCUAUCACUAAUUCCGUUGCGGCGCACAACAGCCCCGCCGCCGAGUCGGGUGAAAGCCAACCUGACGUGGGGCCGCUGGUCGACCUGAGCGACUCCGCUAAAGCUCCUCCCCUUGCCUCAGAACCGGGCAGCGCCCCCUCUGAGGCCCCCGCCAGCACCCUGAGUCAGGACUCGCAAGUGGAUGCCCACCACCACCCCCCCAGCACAGAGUCCAGCACCACCACACCGGCCCAAAAUGACGGUAAGACGAAGGAGGACGUCAAGAUGAAGGAGGAUGUCAAGACGGAGGCCAACAACGCCACGGCCGAGGUGAAGACGGUCCCCAACGAGGCGCCCCAGACCAAUGGCAACGAGAGCAGAGCGUAAUCGCCUCACUGGGGGAGAAAAAAGAGAAGGAUGUCGGGCUUGGGUCGGAUAUGGGGGCCGGGGGGGGGAGGUGGGUUCAAGGGUCACAGUCACUGAAACCUCAACACGAUUUCGCACGGCCAAAACAAAAAAAAACAAAAAAAACACCACCAUCCCAUCGGAAAACGAAGAAAAUGGGUCUUCUGGGUGUCUUUUGACCAACAAAUUGUAAAAAAAAAAGACUUUCAUGCACAUGCCUUAGUUCUUUUUCAAAACACACACGAUUCUACUUUUAGCCAAACGCCCAUGCUCACGCGCAACACAUGCAGGGCCACGCCAAAAAAGGGCAAAAAAAAGUCACAUUUGGAGAAAAAAGUUGGGAAUUUUACAGGACUGGGAGUGUUCUGAGAAUGAAGUCGUAUUUUUACGAUAGUCACAAUGUUACAGCAAAAAAACAACAUUUUUUCACCAAAAUAAAGUCUGAAUAUUACAGGAGAAAGAGUUGGAAUUUUAGGUAAGUAAAGCCGUUUUUAAUGUUUUUACAAGACUUAAAUUGUGAUAUCAUAGCAAAAAAAGUUACCAAAAUAAAGUCAUAUUUUCACAGAAAUAAUGUAAUAUUACAGCUUUUAAAAAAAUCAAGAGUUUUACAGAAAUAAAGUAAUAUUUUGACAAAUAUAAUGACAAUAUUACAGUUGAAAAAAUGAUCACUAUGAAAAUCAAGUCCUAUUUGGACAAAAAUAAAGACAUUCUUACCAGCUAAAAACACGUCAUUUUACGUGACUAAAGGCAUCAUUUUACAAGAAUAAAGUCACAAUAUCGCCAGGAAAAAGUCGUCAUUUUACGAGAAUUGAGUCAAAAUAUUACGCAAAGAAAGCUAAUUGUUCAUUUCACAAACUUAAUUGCAAUGUCGACAUUCAACGUAACAGCUCGUUUCUCGUAAUACGUAUUCUCGUAAUUGUUAGUUACGAGAAUAUCAAAACCCACCAGCUAGCGACGUUUUCUCGUAAUCUUGCAACUGAAAUCCUUUCUCUCGCUGUAUUCCAAAUCUAGUCUCAUUACACCUUUUGUCUGCUAAUAUUCCAUCCUUAGUCUUAUAGUUACGAUUUUUUUUCCCCUAAUAUUACAACUUUACCCUCGCACCGACGUUUGUCGUAAAGAUAUGACUUCCUGGUCGUUGCCCUAACAACGUAAUAUUGUAACAUUACAACUUUAUUUUCAUGGAUAACUAUCUUGUGAACAUUACGACUUGCAUCGUGAUAUUUAAACGUGAAUCAUGUAACACUGCAAUUUUACAACGUAAUGACUUUAGUCUUGUAACAUCACAACAACAUUUCAACUUUUUUACGCUUGGAUUAUUAAAUCUGCUGUCUCGUAAAGUCCCCAACUUCUUUUCAGCGUGGCCCUGACCUUCCUUUGCAAAUCUCGCAAAUAGGUUUUGUAUAAUUUUCCGCUGUUGGUCCGUAGCUUUACUUCACAGAUAACUGCCUUCACGUAAGAACGCUACACUUUCUUCAUGCGAUUUUAUGCGAUUGUCGUCGUCGUAAUGAUGGAUUGUGGCUCUCGUUUCCCUUUGUUGUUCAAUGAAUUCACGUGCAGACAUUAUUGCCUACUUAGCUUCUUUUUUUUUUAAAUGUGUUGAUUUGUGGGAUGUAGUCAUUAGAGCGUUAGCAUGCCUGUUCUUUUUUGGUUUUUUUGCAAAGUUACUGUAUUUCUGUACAUGUUGAUGUCAUUGGGUUCUUACUGUAAUGAUGUUAUUAUAAUGAAGGAUUUUUUUUCAAGGAUUCUGACAGUUUGAUUUUAUUUUGUUCUAAAAUGACAAAAUUUGUGGGUUCAACCCCGUGCCUAAAAAAAACCAAAACAUCUGAAUAAUUAAUGAUUUUUUUCAAUCAAAAUGGGUUACAAUUUCACGGGUGACACUUUUAAUCUUGAGUAACUUGUCAAGUCGAAUUGUAUCAAUGACGGAAAGUCGCACUAGCAGGACUGGACACAUCUGUACUUAAAAGCGCAUCUUCAACUUGCAAAGUUCGGUCUUAAGGUCAUUCGGUUUGCGACAUCGUAAACUUUCCGAUCAUGUUUAUUUUUUCCCUGGGCCUCCACUGCCUCCUCGCGUCUGCUUCACAUUUGCUAGCUCUGAAUAGCUCAUCGAUUUUGCCCCACAGAACAAAUGGUUUUUAGUUGGUUUUUGUUUUGUUUUUUUUUGUCUUUGUCCUUUUCCGUGCCUUCGGUGAUGUGACAUGUAUUGCUAGUGUGACUGGCCGCUGCUUUGACAGGAAAAAAGUUUUUUAACUAAUCAUCAAAGAGGACACGAUGUCUUCAUUUGGAGAGCAGCAUCGAAACUAAAAAAGCUAAUGCUAAUGCUAAGCACAUUGUACCACAUCAAAACGAAAACCAUAUACCCCAAAUGUUGUCAACUAAACAAAGAAAACUUUUUUGUUUAGUUUUUCCAACGAUAAGAUAAAAAUUUCAAAAUUUGGAGUCACGUGGUUUUUGAUCGAUAACAACCAAUCAUCGCAACCGAGUAUGUUAGCAGUAUUGCAUGGCGGUGUCACAAUAUGUAUGAAAAAUUGUUUCUACGCUGGGAUGGGUUUGGCAACGUAACACAUUAACAGUGUCUCGACUAAUUUUAUCGAUAAGUACAUUUUAACGAUAUGUCGGUACAGUGAGGUCAGGAUGACACAGAAUUCGCAAACUGGUCUUGAAGCAAAGCGUGUUGUCAUUUUAACGCCUUGUGUUUUGUGCAAAAACAAUCGCUUAAUUGGCAAAUGAUAACCUUUACGAUUUGACGCAAAUUUAUCUCUGAAAUCAGAAAUACGCACUGCGGAAAUUUGGCCUUGUAAAUAUUUUGUAAGCUACGCGUUUGGAAAGACGACAAAACAAAAAAAGAGCAUCACCGUGUUUGUUUUUGCGCAGUGUUCCGUUUGUUCUCGUCCGUCCUGGUACUCCGCUAAAUUAGCUUGUUAGCAUAUGUAGCCGAUCAACACACUCGUAGACGUUUUGGCUAUAAACGUAUAGACGCACGGCAGCUAAUUGGAAAGACACAGUGCCUUUUUGGAUAGGAAAAAAGGAGGCUAGCAUUCAAUUCCUCUCCAUUUUUUGUUUUUAUUUAAUAGCAGGGUUUUGUUUGCAUUAUUAAAUGUUCCAAAACAGAUGCAUCUUGUAUAUGUGAUGGGUUCCUGCUUCGUUAUUAUUAUUAUCAUUAUUAUUAUUAUUAAUAUUAUUACUACAACGUGGAUCUUAUUUGUAUUAGUUCAAGCUAUCCAUUAUCAUUGCUCUUAUUGGUAUGGAAAUGAGUAGAAAUAACGACCAUAAUCAAGUCAUAUUUGUUAUGGAAAUAAAGUCAUAAUGUCGUGGCUAAAAAGUCGUAAUUUUGCGAGAGGUCAUAAUCCGUGGAGAAGAAGUCAUUUGCGGAAAUGUUAUGUUAUGUUUUUGACAUUUGCUUAUUUAUUAUUACUCUCUCGCUAUGUUACGUCUUUCCUCGUUGAAUUUGUUCCAAUUUAUAACGCCACAUUUUCUCGUAAUGUUACGACUUUAUAUUCAAUUCAUUUUACAAACCUAGCUUUUUUGUCGUAAAGAUAUGGCAUGUGACAUGAUUGUUUUCUCGUGUCGUAACACUGCGACUUUUUUCUAAUAAACUCGUAACAUUCCAUUACUUUUUUUUUCAAAAGACAACUUUAGUCCUCUUAUAAAAAAAUAUGACUUCUAUGUCGCACAUUACGACUUUUUAAAAAAUAUAUAUUUUCAUUUUAGGAAAGUCACAACUCAGAACAUUGUGACUUGUUCUAAAAAAAAAUAUGACUUAAUUUUCUGAAAAUUAUGACUUUUUCUUGUAAAAAUAGACAUUUUUGUGACAUUACUUUUUUUUAAGCAUAAAAUAUGACUUAAUUCUAGGAGCAUCACAACUUAUUAUCCUAUGAUAACUUUAUUCUCGCAACAUUACAACUUUUUCCUUGUAAAAGUAUGAGUUUUUGUGACAUUCCGACCUUUUUUCCCAAUGAGAUAUGACUUCAUUCAAGAAACAGCACAAAUUUUUAAUCCUAUGACAACUUGGAAUAGUACGACUUUUUUCUUGUGAAAAUAUGACUUCUUGCGACAUUUGUUUUUUUGUUUUUUUUUAAAUAACUUUAAUCUCGUAACAUUGCGACAAUUUCUCAUGAAAAGGUGACUUAAUUCUCGCAACAUUGCGAUUUUUAGUGAUAUGACUUCACAAUAGGCAUUUCCCUACUUUUUAAUCCUACGGCAACUUUAGUGUCGUAGCAUUGAGACUUUUUCUCAUGCAAAUAUGACACAAUUCUUGGGAAAUGAUACUUGUUUCUUGUAAAAAUAUGACAUUUUGUGACAUUGCAACUUUUUUUUUUUUUAACCAUAAAUAUGACUUAAUUCAAGGAACACAAGUUUUUAUCCUUUGCCCACAUUAGUCCUGUAACAUUACUACUUUUUUCUUAUAAAAAUCGGACUUUUUGUGACAUGAAACGUUUUUAAUAAAGUAUGAUUUAUUCCAGGAACACUUGUUUUUGCUUUUACAGUUGAAGUCUCAUAACAAGAUGGCUUUGUUCUCGUAAAUAUCUGACUUGAUAUCACAUUAUGACUUUUUUUCCAUAAAAUAUAACUUUAUUCUGGCAACAUCACUACUUUUAUUUUCCUAUUACAGUUUGGUAAUCUUAGGACUUUUUGUAAUAAUAAAUAGGACUUUUUUUUUUUGCGGUUUACGGCACUAUACAUGAAAACGGAAAUAUGUUUUCUAUCAUUUCCCGCUGUUGGGUCUUAGCUUUACUUCACAGAUAAAUGCCUUCACGUAAGAAUGCAACACCAUUUUCACGCCAUUUUAUGUGAUUGUCGUUGUAAUGUCGGAUUGUGGCUCUCGUUUCCCUUCAAUAAAAAUGCAUUUUAUUGACUCCCAACAAGACCAAGAGGCUCACUGUUACGCUUGCUCAGGUUUUCUCAUGAAAACGUCUUUGCUGCAUUUGCAAAACAAUUAGAAACCAAUCAUUUUAUCAUUUGCAGCGAGGCUUCAUCUUGUAUUGUUUUUUUGUUUUGUUUUGUUUCGCUUUCUCUCUCCAAGUGUUGACGUUUGUCUCCCAAGUGUUUUUCGCUUCACAAAGCUCUGAAAUCUCAUUGAAAUAAAAACUGAAAUGAAUAAAAAAUAAAUAAAUAAAAACGGGAGAAAUGUUGUCAGCAAAUGUUUGUGAUGAAAUACUGGGUGGCGGCAGGUUAAAAAAAAAUCAUAAAAAUAUUAAGACAUAUAAAUAAUAAGAAAUGCUUCAGUAAAAGAAAAGAACCAAUUAUGUUCUUUUUAAAUUAAUUAAUUGUAUUAUUGACAAUAAUAUGUGAACUUAAAUGGAUUUCCCCCCAAAUGUGUUGUCUUUACGUACUGAAACAAAUAUUAAAAUGUGUCUCCUAACACAUUUUUUACUUUUUUUUUUUUAUUUUUAAAAGAUAUUUUACAUCUGUCCAGAGAACAUUAAAAAACACGAGAUGCUUCACAAAAUUUUAGGUAA